AUACGCAACACAUUUACUUCUGUUCAGAAAUUUUACUUCUCGUAAAAAUGCCAGAUAUUGAUGUUGUGACUCCUCAAAUCUCGGUACCAACGCCAAAGAGUCAUAUCUUUAACGGCUUCCUCAUUGAUCUUGGUCGAAUGUUCAAAAAAGACGACUUGAACGAACUAAAAUUUGCGUUAGACGAUGCUAUUCCUGAAGGCGACAUGGAAAAGCUUGCUGAGCCAAUCGAUGUAUUCAAAGCUCUCAAACGACUUGGUCUACUUGGACCAGCGAAACUGGAUGUACUUCGUGGAUACCUUGAAGUCAUUGAUAGACCAAACAUGAUAAAGAAGCUUGAUGAAUACGAAGACGCUGACACAAAAUUUCCAUUAAAGCCGAGAUCAGACAACCGUCUCGAGAAAGGUGGUUAUAGUGUUGCAAUUAAAGGUGGUCGUCAUUUCGAGACGAGUCAGGGAGAAUUUGUUGAAAUCAGAAGUGGCUCACACUACGGCUUGAAUGUGGUCAACCAAAACAACCAGAAGUGCAUAAUCAACGUUCAGAUUGACGGUUACGAAAUGUUUCCGAGCGGAUUUAUAUUAAGCCCGAAAGGAGAGUUUACGUUUGAGCGACCGUCAAGAAUAGCCAAAAAGUUCAAAUUCUUUGCAAUUCGUGAUGCACCGACCGAAUCCGGUAUCAAUAAAUGGCGUCAAGAUAUAAAUGGCCUAAUAAAAAUCACUUUCACUCCUGAAAAAGCAGAUAUGAAAAUCACUUGCGUAGUUUCUGGAUCUGGAACUCAAACCAUAUCUUGUUCGGCAGGCGUUACUGAUACUGAGUUCCUUCAAAUGGUCUCCGAAUUAUUCGACAACGCCGUCGUGACCGUGAUUAUCAAUAAAUGGAAACCUUUGGGGAAAAGAGGGGCAAAACUUAUUGAUUAUGGUAUCCAUGAUGGAUCGCGUGUUGACGUGAAUGUUGGUGGAAUUGGAGGAGUAUUCUACACAGGUCUUGGCAGCAGCAUUAAAAAAAAUGCAUCUCCUAAGAAAAAUGUUGAGUGGAGAGCUGGAGCAACAACGUUGGAAGACGACAGUGAUCAGAAAUUUGGAAGCGGGAACAGUUUUCCAACUGACCCGUCGCUGGCCGUGACCCUAAACCUACGUCUUGUUGCUCGUGAAAAUGAAAUACCUUUACCAUCAACAGGGAACGCAACCCCUCUCGCAAAUGCUACCCUCAUCCCUCCACCUGUCCAGAACUGAAAAUACCACACUGUUGCGUCUUGUGAACAUUGAUUUGAUUUGAAUAUACUGCACUAAUAAUGGCUUGUGAACUUUGUCUAAUAUAAAAUGUGUCAACUAUUACCCAUAUAGAAACUGAUACUUUAAUAUCACUGCACGAACUGUAUUGAUUCAAUGGUGAACUUGAAAUUAUAUAUGCCCUUUAUAGAGUAUGCACAAUGACUAGUUUAGCAAUAUUUGAUUUCAAAUGACAUAAAGUUUCACUUUUAAUUAAGUAGUUUUUACUAAGUUUUAUUUCCGUGUUUAUAUAGUAGGAAUUUUCUAUGCCUAUGUAAAUCUAUAGCAUGUUACUUUUAUAAUCAAUUGUUGUAACAAUGGGGUAAACUGAACGUAAAGAUUAAACUUCCUGGAUAUAGCUGCUUAACAACAUUUCAAAUUUUUGUUUUAUUUGCUAAUUGGUUUUGCAUAUG